UAUUAAGGUAAAAUGCGAUGGCCUCACUUACAAAGAUAGACCCUUGAAACCCUAUAAUCUAAAGCGAGGACACUACGAGGAGCCUGUCUCAGUGUCACACGCCAUUGGAACAUAAAGGCGGAAUUUCUUCAGUCAAGUUACACUAAGGAUUACAUGAAACCACAGUAAAGGAAAUAAAAAAGGAAAUAAGAUAAGUUUGAUUCAGGGAGAAAAAUUACCUUCUUACAUCGCCAAACAAAAAUAACAAGGACCUGGGUUUUCAGAUAUCCAGUUAGGGAAAAGGUAAAAACGCUGAAGAGACCAAUUCACUGCAGAAAAAGUAAGAGAGCAUGAGAUUCCAACAGGUCCUGCUUGGUCUAAUUGUAGCUUUUGGAGCACGUAAAGUGCACUGCCAGACCGUAACGCUGACUCCGCCCACUGUUAUGACGUCACCAGGAGUUGACGUAACUCUCCACUGCACCUUCCAGGGCACUUGGCUAUUUGGCUACAAUUUGCAGUGGCUAAAGGACGGUGCUCCUAUCGCUGGGAAAAGUGGAACAGUUCCACAACCCCCGUUCAACAAUGGCCAGUUUGUUCUGACCUUUAAUGCUGGAGUUGACAUUCAAUACACACUGAAUAUAACGGGAAUUCAAGCAGCAAACGCAGGAAUAUAUCGGUGUGAGCUGACCAGUUCUUCCACUGUAAUCAGUAGCGGGGAGAUCCCUGUAACUGUGGACAUAGACGAAUGUAGUGACGCAGCGUUGAACGACUGCGCAGCAAACGCCACGUGCACCAAUACAGUCGGAAGUUACACUUGCGCCUGCGUAGAGGGAUAUUCUGGAAAUGGCACUUAUUGCGAAGAUAUAGACGAAUGCACUACCACCAAUGUCACUACAUGUGCCGCGGAGGCGACAUGCACAAAUUCUCCGGGCAGCUAUAGCUGCGUCUGCAAUUUGGGUUACUCUGGCAACGGAUCAGUAUGCACAGAUAUAAACGAGUGUCUAGUUUCCUCCCAGAACGACUGUGCCGCCAAUGCCACGUGCACUAACUCCCUCGGUAGUUACACUUGUGCGUGUGAGCCCGGGUUUACUGGGAAUGGGACGUUUUGUGAAGAUGUGGACGAAUGUCAAAACUCAAUGCUUCACAACUGUGACAUCAAUGCCCAGUGCACCAAUAACCAAGGAAGUUUCAGCUGCGCCUGUGUAUCGGGAUACACAGGAAAUGGAACCACGUGUAUAGACACGAAUGAAUGCCUGGAUGCUAAUCUCAACAACUGCGCACCCAAUGCAGACUGUACUAACACACCGGGGAAUUUCACAUGUACCUGUCGUGUUGGCUUUAACGGGGACGGUACUCUCUGUACAGAUGUCGACGAAUGCCUGGAUGCCGCAAUGAACGCAUGCGCAGAUGGAGCCACCUGCACCAACACGGAAGGCAGUUACAGUUGUGCUUGUCAGAAUGGUUUUACCGGCAAUGGGUUGGCUUGUACAGAUAUCGACGAAUGCGAUUACCCUGCGACAAACGAUUGCGCAGACGAUGCAACUUGUACCAACGUGCCAGGGGGUUACACUUGCGCGUGCAAUUCGGGUUUUGGCGGGAACGGAACAGUCUGCUCUGAUAUUGACGAGUGUCAGGACCCAAACCUCAAUGCAUGCAACGGUAGAGCAUGUAACAAUACGGCGGGGAGUUAUGUCUGUAGUUGCCCAGAUGGCUUUACGUGGAGUGGAACACUGUGUGAGGAUAUCAACGAGUGCCAAGACCUGCUCCUUAAUGACUGCGAGGACUACGAGUAUACUGACUGUAUGAAUACCAAUGGUAGCUUUACCUGUGUGUGCCAGGAAGGGACGGUGGAAGGCAAUAGCACGGGGAACACCACACAAUGUAUAAAGGUAACCGCGUGGCCGCCACCAAGAAUGCACGAAGCACAAUGGGUUAUCGCUGUCGCAAUCGGUGUUUACAUGGCAGUCGUGUUGCUACUGGCAGUGAUCGUAUCCGCCUUUCUAAAUACGAAAAAACAGAAACGGAAGAACCACAAUCUCCGACAUUACAGCCACUCCAAUCAGGCCUUCGAUGGUCAUGUCUACUGACCGUGGUCAGUUACCUUCACGGACAGUACUUUGUACUAGAAAAAAACCGUGGACAAACUGAAAUAUGUUGCAAAUGAUUCACUGUUUUCUCUUUCCACCAAGAAGGAAUAAUUCAUAUACCUUAUGUAAUAGUGUAUAUUGAAACAUAGAUACAUUAUAUUAUUUAUUAUUAGUGCAUUUCCGUAUCAUUGUACUGUCGUGAUGUGCAAGGGUGCAUUAUCCUCAAGUUAAUGACCACUGUAGAUGUGCAUAGACUGUUGCAGUUGUUGUAAUUCUCAUUUAACAUAUGAAAUGGGAAAAGAUGUACUAAACGCUGUGUAUCUCUAAGUGUAGUGGUCUGACUGUACACACUCAGUAUAAAAAGAUUUAUGAUGCUUUUUUUAAAAAUUAAGCUAUAUCAUAUGACACUUUACACUAUAGAUGUCCUAAAAACUAUAACUACAGUAUCUGUUAGGGUGGAAAUCUGACUGUACAUACUCAGGUUAAAAAGAUUAAUGACUGCUUAUAGAAAUCAAACUGAUUUAUAUAACUCCUUUCACUAAGAUUUAUUUAUUUGUAUUUUCAGAUUUAAGAUAUGAAUAAACCAUAAAUAAUU